AAUGGAUUGUUCUGCCGUGAAUUCUGUUAAUGAUUUGAACUUUCUUUCUUUACGAGCCGAUUUAAAAUGGUUAGAACCUUGUUGUAAUAUUGAGGAACAUCUGGAAAAAGGUUUUUUGGUUGGUCAUUGCUUGAAAUUAAUUUUAAAUGAAGUUUGCCAGAGGUCCAAUGAUACUUUUAAUUUAAUUAAAUGUUCAAAAAUACUCUGCAGAUUCUCAGCAAUUUUGUGUGAAUUUUCUAUUUCAUUGCCUUCCCAUCAUUUUCAUCAGCUUGUGGAUUUUUGUUUUUACAUUUUGGAUUUUCCCUUUUGUGAUGCAAUUAAUUUUCAAGCUAUUUCAAUUCUUCAAAAUCUUUUGGAAAUUCAUAGGAAUUUUUGUUGUUGUAAAGAUGUUGUUAAUCCCACAAAACAAAUUUUAUGUUCAAAAAGAAUUUCUAUACCUUUUUGUGAUUUUUUAUUAAAUUUUGGUCACAGAGUUGUUGGAGAAUCUGAUAAUUCAAAAAAUUAUUCUUUUACCAAACAACGAGCUAUGUUAUUGAAUUGUUUACUUAAACUACAUCCUGACUUGAGACAACAAAUAUUUUCUGACGAUUUUUUAAUUAAAAUCUAUAAACAAAUGAGGAAUGAGCCUCCAACUGUUCAGAUUUGUAAUUUAAUAGUAGACGAUAUUUGUGCUUCACUUAUUACGCCAAUUAAAUCUGAGGAAAAGGAAAGGCUAAAAGCUCGUUUGGAUUUGCAUUUAAAUUGGAUAAAAAUUCUUUUUAUUAACGAGGAUAUUCACUCAAUGGAGAAUAAAUUGCUCCCUAAAUUAUUACGCUCUCCGGAGACGAGGAAUUGGUUUUUUGAUGAAUUUUCAAUGUUUAUUGAUUUUUCACGUUCUUCUGCUCACUCAAAACGUGCACUUUGUGUUUUACUUCGCUUGGCAAUUGUUCACUUAUAUGAAAUUCAAAAUGGUCAGACUAUUGACUGGAAAGAAUUAUCGGUAAGGCAUGUUGGCGAAGAACAAGCAGACAAGGAAAUGUUUGAUGCAUUAAUGGAUAAAGAUUUUGAGACACGUUUAGCUGCUUGGUCAUUGCUCUGUUCUCAUCCAAAGGGCUCCCAGCCAAAAUUUUUGGUUUCUGGUGCUAUGGAUUUAAAAACGCCGGCUAAACGUCAGGCAAUUUUUUGUCAAUUGGGAAAGCUUAUUUCGCGUAUUAGGGAACACUCCAAAUCUUUACUAAAAUUGCUACAAAAUAAUUCUGAAGCUAAUAUUCAACUUAAAAUUUACAAAGAGUUUUUGUUUUGGCUUUGUAAACUUGCUUUUGAAUUUAUAUCUGAUCCUGAUUGGCAUAAAAAAUUAGUGGAAAGUUUAACUUUGGAUUCGAAUAUAGAAAUAAAUGUUGGGGAUGAACUUUCCGAAUUUAGUUUAACAAAUGGAAUCAAAGAUGAAAACACUGAAGAGAAUGAGAUUGAUGAUGAUUAUGAAGGAGAAGAAGAAAAUGAUGAAGAAAAUAGCACUCCUUUUGCUACAAGAAUAUCAGCUUUAACUCUUAUUUCGCUUAUUUUCAAUCCCUCUAUUUCUUUUGAAUCAGAUCCAUUUUCAACAUUUUUGGAUUUAAAACAUUGGAUUGGAAAGGAGGAACAACAAAAAUUAUUUUAUUCAUUAGAUGAUCAAUUUGAAGCUUGUCAGAAAAUUGCCUUGAAUUUGUUAAAUCAUUUUGAGACUAUUGGUUGGCUUCAACAAAAUUUUUAUUCACAAAUUUCUGACGAAGAGUGGUUAUUUUUAAGUGUGAGACCUAACAUGCCUCGACACCAACAAGCAAUUAAAUAUAGGCUCCAAUUUAUUCUUCCUCGAAUGGAGCUUAAAUCCCAAAUUAAUUUUAUCGAGACUUUAUUAACUUUGUCUGAAAAUAGUUGUUCUAAUGUAACACAGACAAGUAAAGGGAAAGAAAAUUAUUUUUUGGAAGGAUUUUUGGAUCCACCUCAAUUACAUGCUUUGAUUAAUGCUUUACACGUCUCCCUUCCAUUUGUCAAGUUUGGAAUUUUGGAUAAUGAUUUAUUAUUGAUAAAAAGAAUUUAUUCAUUAUGCCUUGAUGUUGAUAAAAUCAUCUCUCCCGUUGUUUAUUCAUUAUCUCCUGAGGGAUUUAUGCCUAGCAUGGAUGAUGCUUCUCUAUGUGUAAAAGAUUACAAUAUUUAUGCUCAACAACUAUCAAGAACUUGUUUUCGUGCACACAAAUCAAUUAGCGGAAUUAUUUCAUAUAUUUUCAUUCAAUACUUAACUUCACCAAUUUUUUCUUCACGUUUCUCAAAAAAUGAUUUUAAUUUUUUUCUUUCCCAAAUUGCUUUUUAUUUUUGGCAAAAAUUGACAGAAUGUAGACACCGUGGGGCUUUUGAAGCUGCUUCUAAUGAAUUUACUACUGUUGUAUGUCCUCGCCUUUGGGCACUCUGUGAUGAGGAAUCUCAAAUUGAAGGCUACGAUAAAACAACACUUUUUCCUUAUAGUCCAAGGCAAUGGUUAAAACAAAUUUUGGAUGCAUUAACUGGGAAGGAUGACAGUCAAAAACUUUGUGUUACAAGGAGAAGUGCUGGAUUGCCUCAUUUAAUCGCCUCACUUUUAGAAAAUGCUCCAAUAAAUGAUUUGAAUGAUGAACAUGGUUUAUUUCAUCAAACAAUGAGGCAGCUUUUGGCUUGCAGUGAACGUCAAAAUUCUGAAUUAGAAAUCCAUUGCAUUAACGUUCUCCGCCUUCUUUUCAUGCAUUCAAAAUUUGCAGAGCUUGUUCUUCCUCAUAUUGAAUGCGCAUUCCGUCUUACAAUUAAUGGAUCAUCUUCAGAAAUUUGGCAGGUUAGAAAUGCACACACUCAACUUUUUGCUGCUCUUAUUAAACGUAUUUUUGGAACACCAUCAGUAGAAAGACGAACUUUACACAUUGAAACCCGAUGUAAACAAACAUCAAAUGAAUUUUUUAAAAGGUAGAGGAAUGGAAUAACUAACUUUGUUUUUUAAAGAGCCAGACUUUGCUAUAAGAGAUACCCCCAAUACUAAAUACUUUUUAAUUUGGGAACUACCAGUAAUUAAAACAAUAGAAAAAACAUAUUCAAAAAUGUUCAGAAACUGAAUCGAACUAGG